AUGAACUAUUCGGUUCAGUGCGAGUUCCAGUUCACCGUGACACCCCAGAGCCGCCAGGUGUACGAAGGGGAAGCGGUUACGUUCGAGUGCCGUGCCCUGUUCGAUGAUGAGAUCGAUUUUUCCUGGACAUUAAACGGUGUUCCGGUUUCGGUGCAUGGACGGCAACGCGACAGACCGCAACGGAUCUACCAGAAUGGUUCCAACCUGCACAUCCGGGCCGCCAACGGAACGCUCGAUCGGGGCGACUACGUGUGCCUGGCGACGGCCCGAGCUUCCGGCGCCCGGGUCGCUUCCCCACCGGCCCGGCUCGAUGUUAUCGGAAUGUCACCGCCGGUGGUGCAGCUGCUGAAGCACGAUGCGGAUCGGGGCAGUAUUACGCUGAAAUGCCACUCCUUCAGCAGUCCGGUGGAAGGCGAAGGACCGUCCGGAGAAGAGUCGCACGUCGAGUGGUUCAGGAACGAUGUGAAGCUCGCAAAGUCGCCACACCUGGAGCUGCAGCGCCGCAAGCUGCACAUCCGAAAUGCCUCCUCCAAGGACAACGGUAUCUACAGCUGCGCGCUGGUGGUCACAUCCCGCACCGACCCCUCGAACCGACACGCAGCGCUGCGAAGUGUGAAAAACUAUCGACUGAAGCUGAAAUCGGGAACAUUCUAUGGCGAAGGCAGCAAAAUGAUUGAUUGUAGCAAAAAUCGGAACCUGCUCCUGUGCCGCGGUAAACGCGGCGAUCGUCAGCUGUCCGGGGCGACCACCAUCGAGGAUCUCGCCUUUGGAACGCUACCGCAAAGCGAUGAACCGCGGCACCAGCAGCCGGCGCAGCUACUGCAAGCCACCGGCACGAUGAAUGCACCGGUCCGGAUCGUCCUGCACCCGGUCACGGCGGUGGUCAACGAGAGCCAACCGGCCGUCUUCAACUGUGGGUUCCGCUCGGUGUCCAACGAAAGCGGUGGCUUUGUGGUGCGCUGGCGAAAGGAUGGCAAGGUGAUCCGGAAGUGGGACAGUCUGGUGGCCGAUGGUGGGAUGUCUUCCGGCACGACCACGGCUUCGAUCGAUGAGUCGACCGGUGCAACCGAGAGCAGCAGCAGCAGCAGCAGCGGCUCAAUGUUCCGCGAUGACGCCCGCAUACACGUGGACAGGGCGAACGGGUCGCUCGUGUUUAGCUCGGUGGUGGCCAGCGAUGAGGGAGGCUACGAUUGUCAGAUAACGAACAACGCCAGCGAGUUCCUGGUGAGCUCGACGGUCGCGGAACUGCAAAUUAUUUCAAACCUUCGCUUCACCCCGAAGCCACCGACGACGAAGAAUCUGGAGCUCGGUUCGAUCGCAAAGAUCCACUGCAAGGCACAAGGCACACCGUCCCCGACCGUGCACUGGACGAUGGAAACGGAUGGUUCGUCGACGGCGGCUCUGCCGGACACGGUCGAGGACGUCAACGGGACGCUAGUGUUCCGUGCCGUUUCGGCUGACCACCGUGGCAAUUAUGUGUGUGUCGCGGCAAACAGCCAGGGAGAGAUAAGGGCGUCGGUGGCCGUCAACGUGGUUGUGGCGCCCAAGUUUGUGACGGCUCCGGAAGGCUCGGUACAGGUGGCCGAGCUCGGAACGGUUCAGUUCCACUGCGUUGCGUCCGGCGAUCCGAAACCGACCGUGCAGUGGGACAAAGACCUACAGUAUCUGCACAGCGGUGCUCCGGGUGCCCCGGAGGCGGCCGGUAACGGGACCGAAGAAGAACGGGUCCGGAUCCUACCGAACGGCACGCUCGUGCUGACGGAGGUACACCUGGAGGACGAGGGCCGUUACGGGUGCACGAUUGGCAACAGCGCCGGACUGAAGCGGGAGGAAGUUCAUCUCAUCGUCAAACCGUCCGAUGGUGUGGCCAUGCCGGAAGAGUCGGCCGAAGAUGGAUUUCUGAUUACGCGUGCCGUGCUCAUCACGAUGUCGGUCGCGUUCGCGUACAUCAUUCUGGUGGUGGGACUGAUGAUCUGGUGCCGCCAUCGGCGGGCCGCUCGCAAGGCUCGGCUCGAUCUCGGCUCGAAGGAGAACGGUGAUGCGGUCGAUAUGCGGAACUGUGAGAUCGAACCGUGUCUGCCGGACAAAUCGUCAUCGCCCGGGAGGUCGAAGAAACUGAAGAACGGUUCCGCCACCGGUGCCAAGGAUGGAUCGGGCGCGGCCGCGGGCGAUAAGGAUGGGCAGGACAAGAGCGACGAUACGGUCAACUCGGGUCGGUCGAAAAAAUCGUCCACCUCCGGUGGAGCCGCCCUGGAGCAACUAUCCGUGCCACGGGCGGUUCUGGCCGAGCUGCUGCAGAUUGGCAAGUGUGACUUUGGGGACGUGUUCAUCGGGAAGAUACGCGAAAACGACUGCCGCGUGCCGCCGGUGCCGUCGCGCAAAGACACCACACCGUUGGAACCGGUCACGGGCGAUGAAGUCGGCGGAUCGUCGCAGCCCGCAGACAUUGCGACGGAAAACGAACGGACCGGUGGUGGUGGUAGCCGACGGCCCUCGAACGGGGAACUGAACGCAAUCCGGCCCGAGAACGACUACAAACCGGUGCUGGUGAAGGCACUGACGAAGGUGAAGGACGAACACUGCUGCCAGGAGUUCCGACGGCAGCUCGAACUGUUCCGCACCGUGGCGCACCGGAAUGUGGUGCAGCUGUUUGGCUUGUGCCGCGAAAAGGACCCACACUAUCUGCUGCUGGAGUACACCGAUUGGGGAGAUUUGAAGCAGUUCCUGAUGGCCACAUCACCCAGCAAAACCAGCACGCCACCGAAUGGUACGGUGGAGAAAGUGGGUGCCAACGGGGCUCCGAAACCUCCACCCCUGAAUGUGCCACAGAUUCUGGCGCUGGCCCACCAGAUCGGACGCGGAAUGGACGCCAUCUACAAAGCUCGCAUCAUUCACAAGGAUCUGGCCACCCGGAACUGUAUUAUCAGCAGUGACUUUUCGGCCAAAAUCUCCCUCCCGGCACUGGCCCGGGACAAGUACAGCCGGGAGUACUGUCGCCACCGCAACCAGCUGCUGCCGAUCCGCUGGAUGGCCGCGGAGUGCUUCCAGGAGGACGAUUGGUCGAUCAAGAGCGACAUCUACUCGUUUGCCGUGCUCGUCUGGGAGCUGUUCACCAACGCGACCGAGCUACCGUUCAAGGAGCUGACGGACGAAGAGCUAAUCGCGAGUGCCGCCGGGCAACCGGGCAAGCACGAGAUGAAGGUGGCCGACGGAACACCGGAGGCACUGCACAAGAUACUGACGUCCUGUUGGUCGGUCAAUCCCAAAGAGCGGCCCUCCUUCAGCCAGCUAGUGGUGGCCAUCGGCAAUUGUCUGCAGAGCGAGUACCCGAAGGAACCGGCGGAAUAA